AUUUCUCUUUCUCUCUCGAUCUUCGCUUCCCAAUUUCUUUGCUUCUCAUAUCAUAUUUAGCCAUAUACUAGAAAUUAAGCUAUCCGAUUCUGAGGGUUUCGUUUUUUUUUUCCUUUCUUACGUGCUUUGCAGACAGCCAAUCUUGAUCAUGGGUUUCAAUUCUGUCUAUAGAAGCUUGCAGGAGAUAUUUCCGCAGGUUGAUCCCAGGCUACUGAGAGCUGUGGCUAUUGAACACCCAAAGGAUGCUGAUCUAGCGGCUGGAAUAGUUAUUGCAGAAGUCAUCCCAUUCAUGUCCAAAAAAUUACCUGCUGCAAUUCCUCCACAGCACAAUAACUAUGUAGCCUCACUAAAUGUUGAAGUUGAAAGUGAGGAGGAAGGCAAUAGGUUGAGGCACCGUCAGCUUGUUGAUGACGUAACUGUGGGGCCUUCCUCUGCUCCACAUUCUAUAUCUGUAGAAGUUAUCAAAACAGCUGAUUAUUCUUUUGUACCAGAUCUGAAUGAGGCUCUGGACAAGUCUACAAUGUCAAAUGAUGGUACUGAUAAAUUUCUUGAAAUGAAUGAUAUUAAGGAGCUAGAUAUUUACCAGAAUGCUGAAGAUAACUUCAGUGGAGAGACCUUGAAUGAGAUUGCUCAGGAGAUGUCAAAUGGCUUUAGUCAGGAAGAUAAUGAAAAUUUUGAGAGACGAUUUGUUGAUGUUGAUUGUGAAAAUUUGAUAUCUUCUGGUAUUUGUCAAGAGAUGGAACCUAAGCAUAAUAACCUUAGCAAGGAGGCUGCUUCCAAUAAUGGUGAUGGCAAUAGAAUUGGAAACGAUUCAAAUGAAAUGGGGUGGUUAGAAGUUGUAAGUUCUUUAGUUGAUGAUUAUGAUGCCACUACAAGUCACAGAUUGGAAGAAUGUGAAACAUACUUGAUUGAGUUGGAAACUUCAGAGGCUCCAAAAGUUUGUCAUGUUCAAGGCGAUGCAUUAAAUUAUAAAGAUAGUCUUCAAUCAGAAUUGGUUGCUGGUUCUUCUAGUACUGGUGACAAUACUAGUGAUGUCGAAGAUGAUAUUGGUGCAAAGAAUGCAGGUAGCCAAUAUAGUCAUGUAUGCAGGAUUGAUCUGCUUGAGGAAAUCAUUGAUGAGGCAAAAACUAACAAGAAAAUGUUGUUUUCAUCAAUGGAAUCUCUUAUCAACUUAAUGAGAGAAGUGGAACUUCAGGAGAAAGCUGCAGAGCAGGCUAAUAUGGAAGCUGCUACUGGAGGGUCUAAUAUUCUGGCCAGGAUAGAAGAGUACAAAACUAUGGUGGUGCAAGCUAACGAAGCGAAUGACAUGCAUUCUGGAGAAGUUUAUGGGGAAAAAGCAAUUCUCACAACUGAACUGAAGGAACUUCAAUCACGCUUGCUCGGCUUGUCUGAUGAAAGGGACAGGUCUCUUGCAAUUCUCGAUGAGAUCCGCCACAUUCUUGAAGUGCGACUAGCUGCAGCAGAAGAACUGAGGAAAGCAGCUGAGCAACUAAAGCUGGAAAAGGAGGAAUCUGCACGGAAGGCUCUUGUUGAACAGGAGAGACUGGUGGAGAAGGUAGUACACGAAUCACAAAGACUACAGCAGGAGGCAGAGGAGAAUUCAAAGUUACAGGAGUUCCUAAUUGAUCGUGGGCGGGUUGUUGAUAUGUUGCAAGGAGAAAUCUCUGUUAUAUGUCAGGAUAUUAAGCUUCUAAAAGAGAAAUUUGAUGCAAAUCUUCCACUGAGUAAAUCCUUCACCUCAAGCCAGACUAGUUGCAAGUUAGCUUCAUCAGGAUCUUCCCACAAAACAUUGGCAUCUGAUGCAGGUUCCGAGCAUAGUGAGUCAUCUGAAAUACGGAAGACAAGCCGGACAGCCUCAAUUGAAAGCCUUUCUUCCAAGAGUGGGCACGACGAGGAAGAAAAAUCCAAAGCUGAUCACAAUGCUCUUCUUGAUGAUGGGUGGUAUAUUUUGUCGGACUGAAUUCCGGAGUUUACUGACUAUUUGUUCUGCUGAGAGUGGAAAAACAUAGGAGUUAAUGCUAUAUUGUUUAUACAACAAAAUAAAACCUUAGAAUCCUUGGAUGAUUUUGCUUUAUGUUUCAGUAGCAUACUAGCAUGCAUACAAUUUUUAUAUACGUUCUCGAGGUUGGGUUCUCAUUGUUUUCCAGAUUUUGUAUAGAAAACGUCACAGGGAAUUACUAGAUUACUUCUUUCUCUUCUGUAAUGGUGAUUGAUUUAUCUUUAUCUUCAUUUAAUUACU